AUGAGACCAAAUAUAAAAAGAUUAAAAGCAAUUGUAAAUGCAAACUUAAAAUCGACGGGAAGUGGUUCUUUAGUUGACCAAAUGAUGAAAAUGAUGGAAGAUUAUACAGCUAAUUUAGAAUUGUUGGUUAAAGAAAGGACUCAAUUAUUAGAAGAGGCACAACAACAAGCUGAUCGUCUUCUUAAAAAUAUGUUGCCAUCAACAAUAGCCGAUGAUUUAAAGGCUGGACGGCCAGUCCCUCCACAAUUAUAUACAAAUUCAACAGUUCUUUUCUCUGAUAUUCGAGGAUUUUCUCGAAUGGCUGCCAAUUCAACCCCUUACCAAGUUGUUGCUUUUUUGAAUGAUAUGUUUAGUGGAUUUGAUGCUAUUAUAGCUAAACAUGAUGCUUUUAAAGUUGAAACGAUUGGACAUACUUAUAUGGUUGUUUCUGGUGUCCCUCGUGAAAACGGUAAUUUACAUGUACAGCAUAUUGCAGAUAUUGCCCUUAAAAUGCGUACAUUUGUUUCAAACUUUAAAGUUGGGCAUCGUCCAGAAGAGAUUAUUAUGGUUCGUAUUGGUUUCCAUAGCGGUUCUGUAGCUGCUGGAGUUGUUGGAUUAGCUGCUCCCCGUUAUUGUCUUUUUGGGGAUACAGUAAAUAUGGCCUCCAGAAUGGAAUCGACAGGUUUAGCCAACAAAAUUCAAAUAAGCGAGUCUUCUUUUAAUUUAUUAAAAUGCUUUUUUCAACAAUUUAUUGCUGUUGAAAGAGGAAAAGUCGAAAUUAAAGGAAAGGGUGAAUGUACAACAUAUUUUUUGGAUGGAAAGGACCAAUAUACAACACAAACAAAUAUUAUGCAACAAAGAAAGAAGUAAAUUUUGAGGGAAAAAAUUAUUUGGAGAUUCGAAAAAUAACCCAAAAUCUCUCAUAUAUUUUUUGUAUUU